AUGGCAGAAUUUGCAAGUAGUAUUGCCGGAUUUGUCUCGCUCUCGGUACAGUUGUUUGAUGGAUGUGUGAAAGGGUUCAUUCUGUUGUCCGCUGCCCAGGGCUUUGGGAGGCGAGCUGAGAUCUUCGGUUGCCAAUUGGAGUGGCAGCAUUACCACCUCCAUCGCUGGGCCACACUGGCUGGCCUGUUCAAAGAGCCUCCAGAGCUGAACACCCCAAACCUGGUUCUCAUCGAGAAGACGCUUCGAACCCUCGAACAAGUCCUGACGGAUGCAGACACGUUGCAGAAUGACUAUGGCCUAAAGAUUGAGAUAACCGCGGAUGAAAUCCAAGAGCUGCACAACUCUAAGAGGCUGUUUCGAGGCAUUAAGAUCUUCAGCAAUAAUGCCACCAAAGAAUUUCUCAAUGACACCGCUAGAGUCUAUCAACGACGGACUUCUCCGUGGAAAAAGUUCAAGUGGGCGAUAUUUGAUCAGACAAAGUUUGAGACUCUGAUCCGAGAUGUUCAAUUCUUCAACGAGCAACUGCGUAGCACCCUCCAUUGGACAGAACAGGGUCAAUACACUGGUAAUUCCUGUGAUACCUUAAGAUCUCUCAUCAACCUGACUAAUGACAAGGACCUCCUGGAGAUUAUCACCAACAAGUUGGAUGCUUUGGAUAGUGCCAUUCAGGCCUCCGCUCGCUUGAAACAGAGAUCGCUGCUUUUGGAAAUUCUGGACGAUGGUCCGAACGGCCAGGGCUGGCUGACGCCUUCACGAACCCAUCGACCGACAUCUUCCCUCUCCCCUUCAGGACCAUCGAUGAUCCCGAGACAGGCGUCUCCGGGAAGAGACUUGAGGCGUGAUUUCAAGUUUCUUCGACGAUCUUCGUCAAUAGCUGACCAAACGCUGUACCAUGAAGUGGCCAGCUAUAACGACCAAAAGGUUGUUCUAGAAUGGAAAACUCUACCCCAGCAUACAGAACGACGACUCAAACACCGGAUUGCAGCAGUCGCUGAUCUCUUGUCAGGGUUGAAUAGUCCGACAUUUCAUUCUCUCAAAUGCAUCGGUUAUCUGAAAGAGCCCAAGACUUUACGAUAUGCGUACAUCUUUCAACCGCCUAAGGACGACGAGUUUUCAUUGCGAACUCUUCAGGACCUUGUGGCGGGAGACGUUUUGCGCCCUAGUAUCAAUCAGAGACUGGUGAUUGCUUCAGCGUUGACCGAGACGGUUUUGCAGCUACACACUGCCGGGUGGUUGCACAAGUCAAUACGCUCAGACAACGUCUUGUUUUUCCAAAGUAGGAAAGCAGAUUGGUCAAGUCUCGAGAAUAUUCCAGAAGCAUACCUCGGAGGCUAUGAAUUCGCCAGAUGGGACAACAUGCUCGAAACGACAGAGGCCCCGGGAGCAUUUGAACAUUCUCGCCUAUAUCGUCACCCACUCUCCCUCAGCGAGGAUCGAAUUCCAUUUUGUAAAGCCUUUGAUCUCUACAGUCUCGGAUGUGUUCUGCUGGAAAUCGGCCUUUGGAGGCCAUUGUUGACGAUGAUACUAGAUUGGACAAGGAAGCAUUUGGACUCAACUAGCAACUCGUCACACUACCGUCUGCCUCGGCGAUCCACAAAUCUCAAUCCAACAGGGAUCGCCGAGUGGGAAUCGAUAUUUUCCGAGAAGGAGAACUUCCUAUACAGUGCGCAAAGUGGGAGAGUUGCCGAGGAGCUCAGGUUUUGUAUGGGGAGAGCAUAUACAGGGGUAGUGGAAAAAUGUCUGAAUGCUGCCGCUGCUGCUUCCUAUGUAUCUGUUCCGCCUGCCGACGAAGGCUGCGAUGAGAAUGACUCGAAUCUUGACAUCUCCCUUGACCUACAGCAAGAGUGUCUGCUAACCCUGAGAUCCUUGAUCGAUCACAUUUAA